AGGUGAAAAUAUCUCAAAUCAAUUUUCUCAUUCUAGAAGAUUUGGUAAGGGAACAAUAGUCGUGAAACAUGAGCCAAGGUUCAAAUACGUGGGCAGCAAAUCCCAAAAGCGAAGACUUCGUUCAAGUUAACUACAAAGGGAAAGACUACUCCAUUCCACGCAGCGAAUAUAACAGACGACUUACGAAAGAGGAUUGUGAAAAAUCAGGCAUAAAUGGGCUGGAAACUGACUCCCUGAAAACGAUGUACAGUAAAUUGCCGCAUUCCGGAAAUAAUCAACUUAACAACGGAAAUAUAGCAAAAACUCGUCCUCGAAGUACCGACUAUGUUAAGAACGAUUCGACUGCCGAAUUCAGGAAGAGCUUCGAAAAGAGUCAAAAAUCGCAUUUGGACCAAUACGUGAAUGAAUUUAAAAAGUCGAUGAUGAAAUCAACUGUCCCAUCUCCGAGUAAUAUUGUAACCAAGGAAAAGUUAAAUGAAUCUGCUCCAAAAGAAAAGCCACAGAUCGAACAUAUUUACACCCUGGAGGACAUGGUUGAAAGCAAAGAAACGGUCAUUGAACUACCCGUCUCUAAGAAGCGAUCCUUGGAGAGCAGUGUUAGUUUUGUUGAGUUUCCCAAACCCGAAUCGUGUAAAUCAUCUGCCACAGUAGCCGUCAAAUCAAUCGAAAGCUUCGAUCCGAAGACAUGCCAGGAAGUGACUGAAAAACUUUGCCAGCUAAAAUCCAACGUAGUUAAUCUGAUUGAUCAGACCAUCAACCAGUUUGAAUCCGAGCAGCAAUUGGGCGCCGGUAUUUCACUCCAUCCCAGCGGAGAUGGAUCGAAACCGAAUCAUCGGAUCGAGAACCUGAAAGUUUUGAAGACGGAUUCAUUUGCUCAGAAUAAAUCGGAAAUUAGGAUGCGACUGUACGGGGAAAUCGAAAUGGCGAUUGGUCGCUUGAAAGAUUUUGAAUUGUUAGAAGUAAAUUAAUUCAGUAAUGAUAGUUUUUAUUUUGAUAAAUAUACUU